GCGGUGUGGUUUAUAUCGAUGGUAGCCGUAAAUCUUCAAAUGUAUUCCAGAUUUUGCAUUUACGUGAAAACAUUCAACACGCAAUAUUCAUCAGCAAUAACCAGUGAUGCAGCGACCGUUGGAGAUGAAUGUAUUUAAAUUCUUAUAAAGCUGUAAAAAUUUUUUUUCUGUCAUUCUAUGGCUUCGUGCUUAUGGAUCAACACCACAACUAAUUUAUUUCCUCAAGUGUCGCGGUUUUGAAAGCUCCUUUUAUGAGUGACUGAUAAAUCCAUCAAUCUCGAGAGUUUGUCCUUGACGUCCUAAAAAUGUGUGUAGCUUAGAGUGACUUUGAUUGAUGUCAGAUGUUUAGUACACAAGUUUGGUGAUCAUGCCUCCGGUUGCCAGAAAUUCAAGAGACGUCUUGCAAUCUCGCACCCCUAAGAAAAAACAUCGCACAGGACGUUACAUCGCCGUAGGCGCAUUUCUAAUAGUCACGUUGCUUACUCUCCAUCACGUGCUCCUGAGAGACGCUUCGAAAAUAGCUGGAAUAUUCGUACCCACUAUCAUAAUGGGUUGUUACAUUCUAUGGAUUGCCUACUCAGCCCGCAGAGAUAAGCUCAAGGUACGGCGACGUCGUGUGGCUUUGGCGAUGCAACUGACGGAAGUGAUUAGUAACCAGCCACUGGCAUCAGUAUCAGCAUCAGCAACACCCGGCAAUACGAGCAGAGGUAAAGGAGGUGGUAGAACUCGAGCUGGAACUGGAACUGGAGCUAGAGCUGCUAAGGGAGAAGCAAGGGGUGGAGGAGAGACAAGAACACAUCAAGUUGAACCAAUGACAUUCAAGCACAACAUUGUCAUGACGAGCGUAAAUGAAAGGCCAGUGAUAUUGUCCAGAGGUGACAAUACUCAAGAUAAUAUUAAUAUAAAUUCUGGAACAAAUUUAGAUAACACGUAAAUUCAAAUUAAUAUCAAAGAUUAAUUAUCGGCUUUUGUUUUAUUAAAGUUUAUUAUAAAAGGCUAAACUAAUGUAAUUAGUUGAGUUUGGUUUCGUAAUUGAGGAUGAGGAGCCCGAGAGAAAAAGUUGAAGGAGGCAGAGCUGGAACUGGAGUUGGAGGUGAAGGUGAGGGUGGAGGAAGAAUGAGGAGAGCAGACACUAAAGAGGCACGCCUAGUUGUUUGACUUUGUCCACCGCUAAUCAGUUUGGCCUUGUAUGCUUUACUUACUCGAUGCAGUUUACAACCGACAACCACCAGCGGCCGACCACCGAGGGACAUUUUCUACCUCUGCCUUCUACCUCUAGAUAUAACAUAUAUAUAUAUGUCUAUACCUUUGUACAUUCAGCAAAAGCAAG